AGCCGAGGAGGAGUUUCUUCCUGCUCUCUUCUUCUUCUCAAUCGAUUGUUUUUAUUUGUCGUAAAAAUGUACAUUGAAACUGAGAACAAACUACGGGUUGUGGGUUUAAUAUGAAAACACGUGUGUGAAGGAAUCAACCGUUUCUCUAAUGGAAAGUUUUUAUGUGUCGAUAAUGUUUGCUAAGCUUACAGUACCAUCUUUCUCAACCAGAAAAAAAGGAGUUUGGAUAAAUUCUGAUGGUAUCAACUUCUACUCGUGAUAAAGUGUGGCGGGAAGGUGAUUGUUGUCUGGCUCCAAGUUUACAUCAUGGCAUCUUCAGAGAAGCCACCAUACAGAGACUGACUUCCGGCCAACAGACUAACGAUACAGCAUGGGUGACAUUCAGGAAAGCACCCUAGGAGAAGAGGAGCAGGAGGCGAAAGGCACAUCUGGGAAAAAACUUAUUAACUCUGGGUCUAAGCAGUUGAUACAGGAGAAACCAGUGUUCCCUGGCAGCAGCACCGACCCAAUGCUUUCCAUCCCUUUAGACCUGAGCAAUGAAGACCGGGUCCCUUAUACCAUCAACAGAUACUUAAGGGAUUACCAGAGGGAAGGGAUCAGGUUCAUCUACAACAACUUCAUGGCCUCCACUGGUUGUAUUCUAGGAGAUGACAUGGGCCUUGGGAAAACUGUGCAGAUCAUAGGUUUUCUUGCUGCUCUGCUGCACAAAACCGGGACAUGGGAGGACAUAGAGAACAACAGGCCUCAGUUCCUGCAAACUCAGUUACCCUCCAAUCAAAUUAAUCCCACUAAAGUGUUUCUGAUUGUGGCCCCAUUGUCAGUGCUUUAUAACUGGAAGGAUGAACUGAACACGUGGGGGUACUUCCAGUGUGUGGUGGUCCAUGGACUCAGGAAAGAGGAGGAGCUUGCUCGCAUCAAGAACGGUCGCAUCAAGAUCGCCCUCACCACCUACGAGACUCUGAGGCUCUGUUUGGAUCAGUUCAAUAAAAUUGACUGGUUUGGAGUGAUUGUUGAUGAGGUCCACAAGAUAAAAAACCCAAACUCCCAGAUAACUCAGGCUAUGAAGCAGCUGAGAUGUAAGAACAGAAUAGGUCUCACUGGGACCAUCUUGCAGAACAAUCUGGAAGAGCUGUGGUGUGUCAUGGAUUGGGCCAAACCAGGGUGUCUUGGUAGCUUGGGACAUUUCAAGAACAGAUUUUCAGACCCCAUUGAACAGGCGCAGAGGCACAGUGCAACCAAACGGGCCCUGGCUACAGGAAGGAAGACGAUCAGAGCCCUGGUCAGGCAGAUUUCUCCUUUUUUCCUCAGGAGAACUAAAGCACUCAUCAGAGAGCAGCUGCCAAAGAAGGAUGACAGAGUAGUGUACUGCUCUCUGACAGACUUUCAGCAGACCGUGUAUCAGGCCGUGCUGGACACUGAGGAUGUGACGUUAAUGCUAAGAUCUUCAGAGAAAUGCGACUGCCAAAGUGGACGCACCCGAAGGAGCUGCUGCUAUAAAACAAACUCUGAGGGUGUUUGUGUAAAGAAACUCUACUUCACCUACUUGGCCAUAUUGAGGAAGGUUGUCAAUCAUGCAGCACUCCUUCAGUCUACUUCAAGCACCAGCAAGAAACAGGAAAGGUAUGUGAGUUCUGUUUGUGCAAAGGUUUUCCAGAAGUUUCCAGACUUUGUGCAGAGAUGCAAAAAUGAAGCCUUUGAGGCUCUUUCAGACCCGAUGUACAGUGGAAAGAUGAAGGUUUUGCAGAAGCUUCUUAACUACUAUUUGCCAAAGAAGGACAAAGUGCUCAUCUUUUCCCUGUCGACCAGGCUUUUAGACAUCCUGGAGAGUUACUGCAUGGCAGAAGGACUGGAUUUUAGUCGUCUUGAUGGAACCACCAAAUCCAGAGAAAGACUCCAGAUUGUAAAAGACUUCAACAGCUCUUCUCACAUCAAUCUAUGCCUGGUUUCUACCAUGGCGGGUGGUCUUGGUCUUAACUUUGUUGGUGCUAAUGUUGUUGUCCUCUUUGACCCCACCUGGAACCCUGCCAAUGAUCUUCAGGCUAUCGAUAGGGCGUAUCGUAUCGGUCAAUGGAGGGAUGUUACUGUUCUCAGGCUGAUCUCCCUUGGGACUGUAGAGGAGGUUAUCUACCUCAGACAAGUUUACAAACAGCAGCUGCAGUGUUCGGUGGUUGGCAAAGAGAGCGCCAGGCGGUAUUUUGAGGCAGUUCAGGGAAACUGUGACCAUAAAGGGGAGCUGUUUGGACUCAAAAAUCUCUUCAGGCUGCAGAUAGAAGGGACAUGUCUCACCCGCAGGAUAUUAGAGCGAGAGGGACGAGUGGAGGCUGGUGUCAUAACAACACAAACACACAAACAAGCCGAGAAAGAGAUCAAGGAGAGCAAAAACGAGGAACAUGAAGAUUUACCCAAAGAGGGUACACCAUCAGAUGAUGAAGAGCAUGCAGCAAACAUUGAUGUCUCAAAAAUCCCAAAAGGCGUGCUAGAUUUCAGCAGUGGGAGUGAAACUGAUGAGGAGCUGCAGGGGCUAAAGAGAAAGGCGUCAAAUUCAAGCGCAGGCCAUGGCAGCAGGAGCGGGAAAGCUGCAAAUGGACCCAUUCCGAUGAGUCUCCUACAACAUGGUUUCUCCAAAGUUCUUGAAACAGUCAAGGAAAGACAACAGUUAAAGGAAGGGAACUCUACUUCCUCUGACAAAGGCAGUGCCUUUGAGGAAGAUGCAGAAGAUCAAAAGAUAGGGGAAACCUCCACAGGCAUCUGCACAACUUCCUGUAAAGCAAAUGGUGCUGCUUGCCUCCCUGAAUCUGUAACAAAAUCCAAAGACGAAGCCAUUGGCUCAGACAGAAGAGGCAGAGAUGAUGGACACAAAAUGUUAUCCUCAAAAAAGGAAGACUAUGUUUUAAGCCGGAGACAGGGCCUGAAACGAUUGAUGGAUACAGAUAUUGCAGUGGAUGAGGAGAGUGAUGGAAAUUCCUCCCCAGAAAACAGAAAUGCCAAUAAGUUCAAAACUAGAAAUCCAAAAGUGCACUUCUUUGAAAGAUGCUCAGAUGAAUCUGAGGAUUUAGACCUAGAGACAGAAAAAUGGUCCAAAAACAAAAAAGGAGAUGCAGGCAGGGGAAAGCCAGGCCACAGCAUUCGAAGACAGAGUGCCAGUGCAAGGGACAAGGCAAGAUCCAAGCAGAGAGAAGAGAUAGAAUCUUUCACUUCUUCAGAGGACGAGUGUGCGACUCCUGCAACCAAUGUAACAAGGAGAAGAACAGGGAGGUCAGAAGCUGGGUCAUUUACAAGUCUGCGAAGUCCAACAUCUCGGACAUCUGAGGAUAAAAACAAACCCAUAGACAGUGUAUUAGGGGGCGUGCAAGAGGUGGCGUAUAUGCAUUCUAACCAGCGGGUUGUGGGAGGAAGCAAAGCUGAGGAACUAAUCAGCAGAGCUGCGGUGCGGGACGUGUUUGAACGCAAAAUGUACUCACAACUUCCAGCCAAUAACCUGCUAGAUACCCUGGAGAGCCUCCCAGCAAGCUUUCCAGCCACUCAGCCUUCCUCUGGUCCCGUCCAGCUGCAGAGGCCCAGUGUGGAUCAUCCAGUAGUCUUCUCAAAUAGGAGCAUCCACCACACUGACUGUACUACUGUCAUUAUCGGAGAUUCUCCGAAAGCUGUGUGCAGGCAGCAGCUGGAGGACAUGGCGCAACAUUUUAAAUUUGUUUCAAGCCAACAGUUUGCUGUUGAGAUUCUUAAAGGAAAUUCAUCUCAAAGACUCAAUUGGCUUCAUCAGUACUACACAUCAUUGAGCCAUUCCAGUGUGGCCCAGAUUGUCAGGGAAAACUUCCCUGAAACACUGCAGCAGAACUCCGCUCCAACUGUUACUCCCUUAUCAUUAAAAAAUUACAAAAUGCAACAAACUAAAUCUUCCACAGUCAGAAAAACAAGGAGAUACGGUCAGACCAGAAGAACUUACCCCGAAAUCAUACAAAAGAAUGUUUCACUAAUACAGCUUGAAUCAGGAAACCAAAAAACUGAUGUUCCCAAACCACAAAAAAAGCAAAAGAUAUCUGAAAAGAAUCCUCCAGAAUGUAAACAGGAUUUUCAAAGUUUAGUGUCAGAUGAGCAGGAAGGGAUAAACUGUAGCGCCAUUGAAGAUACAAAGACACAGGAAGGCAGUGUUUCUACUCGUAGAGCCUGCAGUGCUGGUGGUGGUCCAGCAGUGGAUCAGGCCAGGAGCCUCGGUAUGGGGUCUGGGGAGGCCGCUGCUGCUUUCCUGAACCACAAAGACAGAGAUGCUCCUUCUUCCUCUGACCUCCAAUGUUAUAACGCUGCCAAGCUAUCCAAGCCUAUGAAAGAAAGUGAAACAUUCAAAGGAAAUUCUGAGCCUCCUUCUACCUUGUGCAAUAGCUCCUUCCUCAAAGAUCUUAUAGGAGAUGUAUCAAUUCUUGAUGAUUUGCUGAAACCUAAAGGCAAGAAUGGACAACAGAAGAACACCCCCAAAACCCCUCCUGUAUUUUCAGGGCCGGCUAACCCAACCCUCAUCACAUCUUCUUUACCCAAAUUAAGCCAAAACACUGCACUGACAUCAAAGAACACUAGAAAAGACAUCUGGGACAUCCUCACUGAGGGUAACGAGGAGAGCAUCAACAGGUUGACAGACCCAGAGGAAGUGCAGAAGGUUUGCAUCAGUUCCAGCCUCGCCUCAAGAGGGUUUUCUGAAGAACAGAAAAGUAAAAAUCUCUGGAAAACCAACGACAAAUUCCUGUGGAAGAAGUAAUUAAAUAAAACCUUUUAAAAUAUGUAAA